UUGCUUGCUUAUCUCCAAAUGAAAAGCUGGAAUGGUCCUAUUUGGCAAGACAUGAAACUGCAUGUUAGACACGUGUCUGCCGGCAGCACACGUGUGAAUAAGCAAGAGCGUCGCUAAUCUAAUUACCGCAUGCAUAGAACACAUAUAUCCACGAACAUUGUCUUUCGCUCUCCCAUCAAAACUUGUUUCCUUCAGAGCUCAAACAAAAAAUAAAGUUGAAGAUGCAAUCUGCCAAGGAAAAAAUAAGCAACAUGGCAAGUUCAACGAAGGAGCACAUCAAAAUCUGCAUGGCUAAAACUGAAGAGAAGCUGGAGAAAGCGACGGCGACGACGGAAGAACAGAAACAUAUAGCCCGUGAGCGUAGAAAAGCUAAGGAAGCACAAGCUAAGAUGGAACUGCACCAAGCCAAAGCCGAACACGCAGCCCAGAAGCUGAGAGCCAAGCAGGGGUCUCUCGCCGGCCACAAACAUUAUGCGCCAACUCCAGUUGCUGCCAGCCAUCCUGCUGGAUUUGGAACUAGUAAUCCCGCGUACGGUGUUACUAGCACUGGGCAGCAGCCUGUCGUGAGCGCCGAGCCCAUGGUUAGCACUCCGCCUGGGCCGGUUGCUCAAGGGCAGCAACCUGUUGGAACGGCUACUGCGGUUCCUACGUACCCCACUACGUAUCCCCUUGGUGGGCAACCCCGGGGGAACCAGUAUGUUUAGACGAGCAGUUUGCUGGCGGGAUGGCCUUUCUUUAUGAUUGUA